AUGCAUUGCACGGAUCCUCUGUGCCUCUUCCUCGCCGUGCUUGCCUGCCAGGGUGCGCAGGCGGCGGGUGUGUCGUGGUAUCCCCCCCGAUCCACGGAGAUCAAUGACCUCGACAACGUCCUGAACACGUCUGGCGUGUAUGGCUUCAUCUUCAAUUCCUCGCAUACCCCUGAUAAGGACUAUGGCACCUACAAUUGGUGCAACAUGCCGCGUGUGCGUCGACGGGAGUACAGGAGGCCUUCGCCGGAGUAUGUCUUGAAGUAUGUGGAAGUGAUACACCGCCAUCACAAACGUACUCCUUACCAGUCGAAUACUUUCCCUGUAGAAUCGUAUCCUUGGGAUUGUGAUGAUCAGGGGCUGUACUUCUACGGCCAACCGAUGAAUGGCAGACGAAGUGCUGACGCCUAUUGGAAAGGGUACCAGAACCCGAUCACGCCCUUCAGUGCGCCUGGAUUCAAGGGCUCUUGCAGAUUUCCGCAGAUCAGCAAGGAAGGGCUGGACGACUCCUGGCAGCAUGGGCGAGACUUGUAUGAGGUUUACCAUAAUCUCUUGCGCUUUAUCCCCAGAUUCCUUGACCUGCGCAAAGUGUCGUUCCGUGUCACCACAAACGUGAUUACCAGUCAGGUUGCAGGAAUGUUGAUCAACGGGAUGUAUAGAGUGUGCCAGGACGUGCCUCUACUUGUUGAGUCAUCGUCGAUUGACUCUUUGGAGCCAUCCUAUUCAUGUCCCAAAUCCAGCGCGCUUUUUUCUGAAGCUAAGAGUCAACCCAAUACCACUUGGGCUGCGCAUCUCUCCCGCACAAAGGACCUAUUUAGUUCCUUGGACUCAGUAUCCGGCGUUCCAGCGUCAGAUUCAGGCUGGCACUCGAGCUUUGAUCGUUACUUCGACAAUCUAUCAGCCCGUCUCUGCCAUGCUAAGCCCCUUCCUUGCUCUCUCAACGAUACUUCAAAAUGCAUUACCCAAGCACAGGCAGACACAGUCUUCCGCCUGGGUCAGUUCGAGUAUUCCUACGUCUACCGUGACGCGCCCAGCUCUCUGGCUGCGAGUGCUGCCAGCAUGGGUGUCUGGGCUGCCGAAUUAGCACAGCAUCUGCGCGAUCAAAUUGCCGGCUGCGAUGGACAGAUGCUGUAUCGACACAAUAUUGCGCACGAUGGCAGUGUUUCUCGUGUCCUUUCCGUCAUGCAAAUUGACCAAAUGGUGUGGCCAGGAAUGGGUGCUGAGAUAGUAUAUGAAUUGUAUACCAAACGGAAGAGCCCAUGGGAAGGCAGACCGGAGCAUUUCGUGCGUGUGCUAUUUGGUGGACAAGUCAUGCGAAGCUCAAGCCCAUGUUUGGGCCUUCUAGAUAUGAUCCCUGUUUCGAAACUUUUGGACUAUCUUGAUGGAUUGGUGGGAAAGAAAGCGCAACUUGUCCCUGGCUUGUGCGGAAGAUGA